AAAUAAAUAAACACCCUUUAAAACCCCUUUGUUGUCAAGUGGGCCCUGUUUGAGUACUAUUUUAAGUUUUUUUGAUAUAUAAACAAGUAAUUAUUAAGCAUUUUAAUGAACAUUUUACCAAAGAAAAGAUGGCACGUCCGUACCAAAGAUAAUAUCGCAAGAGUUCGUAGAGACGAGGCCAAAGCGGCAGAAGAAGAAAAGGCCAAACAGGAUAGAGCUAAACUAGCUGAAAGAGAAGCCAGACGCCAAUUGCUACUUGAAAAGUCCAGGUCGAAACUACUCAACACAACAGGUUUUAUACCUCUGGAUGUUGAAGACGACGCAAAACAAGAAACUAGCACUUCUGGAGCACAGGAGCACAUUAAUUUUUUCAAAGAAGUUGAAGAAGGAGUUGCGGAAUUAAAACAAACCAACAAGGAACAUGAUAAAGAAGUUAAACAAGAAAAAGAAAAGUAUGAAAAACAAAUUGGUUAUCUGACAUAUUUAGGGCAAGAUACCAAUGAAGCUUUAGGCAAGAAAAGUUGGUAUGAAAGAGUACCUGAAAGAUCUUUCAAGGAAAAGGGUGAAGUAAAUUUGAAAACAAAACACAGAGAAGAUCCUUUGAAUUUAAUUAAAAAACUUGCAGAGCAAGAUAAAAAGAUAAGGGAAAAAUUCAAACCUGAUAAAUAUAAGGAAUAUAAAUCGAUAUUGGCUAAAUCAAAAGCAAAGAAGCGUGGUAGGAGUUCAAGUGAAGAUGAAGAGAGGCGCAAAAGAAGAAAGAAACAUAAAAGUAAAAAAUCUCACAGAGUUGAAAUGAUCUCUGUAUCUGAAGAUGAAGAAGAAAAAUUACUCAAAGCGGAAAAACAGAAAAAACUUUAUGCUUUGAGAGCGGAAAGACUGAAACGGGAAACUGAAGAGAAAAGAAAAAGUGAUCAAUUGUUGGCCAAAAUUCAGGGCGAAGGAGAAACAAGUAGUAAAACAAAUAGGGAAGUUGGCAAACAGAAGUAUAAUUCACAAUUCAAUCCUGAAUUAGCUAAACAAAAUUAUUAUAGAAGAGAGAAUAAAUAAAAUCCUAAUAAACCUCUUGCAUUUUUA